UGUUUUUGACUUACCACGCUCGCCUUUGUUCACUGCAAUCUCGAAUGGCGUCUCGUCCUCCGAUGGCGUCUCGCUCUCCCAUGGCGUCUGGCUCUCCUUCUUCCACGUCAUCUUCACCAAGAACACCUUCGAUGGCGAAAAGGCUGCUCGAGAACGACCUCAACCUUGCUCGGCAGCUCCGCAUCCACUCCAACAGGGAGGUGAUCUUCAUCAAGUUCACUCCCUUCGCCAUUGCACUGGCCGCCGGGAACUUGAGCCUCGACACGUUCCAGCAUUUCAUCACCCAGGGCAAGAACUUUCUCAAAGCGUUCGCUCAAGCGUAUGAAUCCGCAGCGAACAAUACGGACGAUGAACACGCAGAACGCGAAUUGCUGGAGUUAAGAAAGAUCGUUUUGAUGGAGAUGACAAAGCAUGAAUCAUUCCUGCAGGAAUGGGGUUUGGACGUUACCAAUGACGCCACACCCGAUCCCGGAACGGCGAAUUGUACUGAAUUUCUACUGGCUGCAGCUUCUGGUAAAGUUGAUGGAGCAAAAUGUGUCCUUGAACUGACAACUCCGUUUGAGAAGACGAUCGCUGCAAUUUACACUAUUGGUGCUCUAACACCUUGCGUUCAACUAUACCCUUUUUUGGCUGCGGAGCUCCAGAUGUUGCCAGGUCUUAGGGAAGAUAGUCACCCUUAUAAGAAGUGGAUCAAAUUGUAUACAUGUGAUAGUCACCAGGAAUUGGCUGUGAAAACUGAAGAGUUGCUGGAGAAACUGUCUGUCACCUUGACAGGAGAUGGGAUCGAUGUUCUUUACAACUUGUAUCAUCAAGCAAUGAUACUUGAAAUAGACUUAUUCAAUUCUCAACCAUUUGCUCAGCCCACAGUAGUUCCUGUGAUAAAGGGACUUAGUACUGCAGAAGAUCGGCUAAUGUUUCUUUCUAAUUUUGAUCUGACUUGCACAGUUCAUGAUUCAUCAGCAACUUUGGCUGAGAUGACCCUAGGAACCGCUCCGAAAUCUGAUUGUAGUCCAUCCGGAUCUGAGCAUAGUCCAUCUGAGAGUCCUCUUGCUCGGAUGUCAUUGAGUGAAUUGCGAAAUAUGUGGAAGGACAUCUCCAAGCAGUACACACAAGAUUAUGAAGAAUGCAUCGAAAGCAUUAUUCCACCUGAAAAAGUGGAAUUUAAUCAUAGCUCGCUGGUUCAAGCGCUUGAGCAAGUGGCAGAUUUCGAGAAAAAGGCAAAUUCCAGAGUUAUAAAAUCUGGGGUUCUUAGAGGACUGAAACUUGAAGAUAUAAUAAAAGCUGGCAAAAACCUCAUUCUUCAGGAUGGUUGUAUCGGUUUCUAUCAGAAACUCACUCAGAUUAAUGUGGUUGUUAACGUUCACAUGCUAUCAUACUGCUGGUGCGGCGAUCUCAUUCGGUCAUCUCUUUCGUCAGUGGGUUUCGAUCAUUCAAAUGUCCAUGCGAACGAGUUGAUAUUCAAUGAGGAGCGGCUGAGUACCGGAGAAAUGGUUCUGAAGGUCGAGUCCCCCAUCGAGAAGCUUCAAAUAUACAACCACAUAUUGAAGAACGACGCCGAUGAGCGAAACAAGUUGACCGUCUACGUGGGCGACUGCAUGGGAGACAUACUAUGCCUAAUCGAAGCGGAUAUAGGGAUAGUGAUAGGGUCGAGCGAAAGCUUGAGGAGGGUGGGGAGCCGAUUUGGAGUGACUUUCGCCCCGCUUUUCGCGGCCACGGUCAGGAAGCAGAAAGAAGUCACUGAUGGGGGCUCUCUGAAGUGGAAGGGAACAAGGUCGGGAGUUCUUUACACGGUCUCGUGCUGGGCAGAGAUACAUGCUUUCUUGUUGGGAUGGUAGAACACUAGGUUGCACAUGUGGAUUAAAGAUAGCAUUGUACAUAGUUGAAAGCUCGCGAUUCAGACAAGAAGAUCGUAGCU